GACUCUUCAAACAAUUGUUCUUAAAUUAUUGUGCAUAUACGUUUAUAUAUGUUAGAAGAUAAAAUUCUGAAAAUACUGAAACAAUUUGUUAAUUUGAAAAUUCGCGGGCACCAGGUACUUGUGAUCGACAGCGCUCUAACGCCUGAAUCAGAAAACAAGCUUAUUAGAAAAAAAAGAGUCUUCAGUCGCCGACACUCACAAAUGUUGAUGUCCAAAGAUCACUAUGUCUUCAGGAAAUACAGCCCUUGUCGGAGAAACGUGGAGCUUAUGUUAACCUAACCUCUGUUUUCCAUGAAAAAAAAAUUCAGAGUGAAAACGAAAAAUGACGUCGAAUGGUGUACAAAGUUGCACCACCGAAGUGAAGAGCGCUGCUUCGUCUUCGAAUCCAAGCAGGUUCUCCUCGAAAAAUUCAACCCUGAACUCACCCCUGAUGAAGCUCUCCUCUUACUUCCUGGCAGUUCGACCAUGGUCUCUCAGCGCCUCUCUGAUGCCGACACUUCUGGGUUCAGUGCUCGCCUACCGAUCGACAGGAUUCGAAAGUUUCAGCUGGAUCACCUUUGUACUGACCCUCCUAACAAUAAUCUCAGUUCAUGGCGCGGGAAAUGUGGUCAACACCUACUUUGACUACAUCAAAGGCGUGGACAGUCGGAAAAGCGACGACAGAAUAUUGGUUGACCAGCUGCUCUCGAAGGACGAACUAGUCUCCUUGGGAGCUCUACUUUACGCAGCAGGAUGUCUCGGUUUCGUUCUCCUAACGACAAUCUCUCCUGCCAAGAUGGAGCAUCUCGCUCUCGUCUACUUUGGAGGUCUCUCCUCCUCGUUCCUCUACACCGGAGGAAUCGGACUGAAAUACAUCGCUCUCGGGGACGUGCUCAUCAUAGUGAUAUUCGGCCCGAUUUCGGUUGUCUUUGCCUUCAUGGCGCAGACCGGAUUCAUCGUCUGGGGCACCAUCUACUUUGCGAUUCCUCUCGCUCUCAACACGGAGGCGAUUCUCCACAGCAACAAUACCAGGGACUUGGAGAGUGACAAGCGAGCCGGAAUUGUCACUCUGGCCAUUUUGAUUGGGCAGACUGCGUCCCACAUUUUAUACGCAUUUUUAUUAUUCACACCCUACAUCACUUUUGCAGUCCUCGCUCUCAGGUAUUCAAUCUCGUUUCUACUGCCACUGGUGACCGUGCCGAUUGCCUUUAAAAUUGAAAAGCAAUUCCGCGAUCCGAACACGAUACAGAGUGUGCCGAGACAGACGGCGAGACUCAACAAAUACAUGGGAACGCUCUAUGUUAUUGCCUGUCUCGCCGCGGAGCCACUUCCCUAUUUGUAAAUUAUUAGCCGAAGAACUGAAAGGAAUUCAGGGAAGAAUUCAGUUUUUUGUUUUUUUCAAUUUUUUCAUAGGGACACUUUGGGGCUGAACUAGCAUUGAUUCUAAGGUCUUGGAAUUUUGGAUUUUCUGACUGAUUGUGAUAGUCUAUAAUCCUGCGGACAUUUCAAGAACAAAAACAAAGAAAUUUAUUCGGUUCCUUUUUUUAUAAAAGUCGAUUUUUAGGUCAUUUCAAAAUUUAAACAUUUUUAAUGACAAGGUCUGCAUAAAGGAUUUUCCAAUUGAUUGUGGUAGUCUGUAAUCAUAGAAGGAUUUUAUGACAUAAAAUCUGCGAGGCCUUUUUAGAAAAAAAGUUUAUUUUUAUGUUCAAAGUAUUUCAAAAUAAAAAUAAAUUCUAAAAAUGUAAUUACAAAGGCUUUGCAUAAGAGAUUUUCCAACUGAUUAUGGUAUUAUGUUAUCCUACGGAUAUUUAUAACCAAAACAAAAUCUAGAAUGCUCUUUUUGAAGAAAAAAAAAACUAGAUUUUUUUCUUCAGAAUAUUAAAAACUCAAAGAAAUUCUAAAAACUUAAUUGCAAGGUCAGCGCAUUAAAAAUUUUCCAUCCGAUUACGGAAGUUUGUAAUUACACAGAUAUUUUAAGACCAAAAACGAACAAUCUUUGAGGCAUUUUUAGAAAAAAAGUCGAUUUUUGUGUUAAAAAUAUUUUAAACUUUAACCGAUUCUAAAAAUUUAAUUUCAGGGUCAUUUAAUAAGGGAUUUUCCAACUAAUGAGAGUAGUUCGUAAUCCCACAGACAUUUUAAGACUAAAAUUAAACAAAAAUCUGUAAGGCAUUUUUAGAAAAAAAAAUUUAUGAUAAUAGUAUUUUGAAAUAAAAACUAAAAUUUUAAUUACAAGGUCUUCGCAUAAGAGAUUUUCGAACUGAUUAUGGUAUUAUCUAAUUCUAUGAGCAUUUAGAACCAAAAGAAAAAUCCAGAAAGCCUUUUUUUCACGAAGAAAAAACUCGAUUUUUAUGUUCAAAAUAUGAAAAACUCAAAUAGAUUCUAAAAAUUUAAUUUCACGCUCAUUCAAAGAGGGAUUUUCCAAAUUAAUAUAGUAUUUUGUUAUCUUACGGACAUUUUAAGACCAAAAA